CUUUCUCCGUUUCUCGUCUUCCUCUUAAGAUUUUCCGAGAAAAUCACCACUGAGAAAAGAGAGAGAGAGCAAUACAUUUAUAGAAAGCUUCAUAAGUAUUCUCUUCGCCGCCAUGGCUAUCGAGAUUCAUCGAUUACGCGUGUUUUUGCUCUGUGUGUUUGCGUAACUUCGGUCAACUAUUAGAACGAGAGCGAGGUUUGUCAGAGAGAUAGAGAGAGGUAUGGGUUCGUCCUUGUCAAAUCUAAACGACGGGACGAAUUGUUUGGCUAUGGGACCUGGUCUCGGCGAUAUACCGGAAAGCUGCGUCGCUUGUGUGUUUAUGUAUCUGACUCCGCCGGAGAUUUGCAAUCUCGCUGGAUUGAAUCGUUCAUUUCGUGGUGCGGCUUCGUCGGAUUCUGUUUGGGAGAAGAAGCUUCCGGCGAAUUAUCAGGAUCUGCUUGAUUUGUUACCGCCGGAGAGGUAUCAUAGUCUCUCGAAGAAGGAUAUUUUCGCUGUGCUUUCUCGUCCAAUUCCCUUUGAUGAUGAUAAUAAGGAACUAUGGAUUGAUAGAGUUACAGGACGAGUUUGUAUGGCAAUUUCUGCGAGAGGAAUGGCUAUUACUGGAAUUGAAGACCGGAGAUAUUGGAACUGGAUCCCGACGGAAGAAUCUAGGUUCCAUGUUGUAGCCUACUUACAGCAGAUUUGGUGGUUUGAAGUUGAUGGAACAGUGAGAUUUCAUCUCCCACCUGGUAUAUACUCUCUAUCAUUCAGAAUCCAUUUAGGGAGAUUCACAAAAAGGCUAGGGAGACGUGUGUGCCACUUUGAACACACUCAUGGUUGGGAUUUAAAGCCGGUAAGGUUUUCGCUUUCGACUUCUGAUGGUCAAGAAGCAUCAUGUGAAUAUUACUUGGACGAUGUAGAGAGAGACGAAGCACUCAAGCAACACAAACGCGGUUGCUGGAUCGACUAUAGGGUUGGAGAAUUCAUAGUGAGUGGAUCAGAACCAUCGACCGAAAUCCAAUGGUCGAUGAAACAGAUUGACUGCACACACUCGAAAGGCGGGUUAUGCGUUGAUUCAGUCUUCAUAAACCCAAUUGGUGAUGUGAAAGAACAUACCAAAACACCAAAAGCUUUUGAUUCUUUCAAGGUAUAAUAUUAAUGACUGAUGUUUAAUUUCAUUUCUUAUUAGUGGUUUUGUCGUCGUUUUUUUUUACUGGUUCCCCAAAUUAGGGUACAUCGAGUCGACGAUACGGUUUCAUUUUAUUAUUGUGCAUUUCAUCGAGUUUUUUUGUUUCGUUUAUUUCAUUACUCAUAUUGUUACAUAUUUUAGGUGAGAGGACUAUUUCUUUUGUGUAUACCCAUGUUUCUGUGACUUUCUGUAUCCAACCAAGAUAUCUAAAUUAUAUUGUGUCUGACUAAUUCUAAUUA